AUGACUGGAUAUAGUGAGACCGAUGCAUUGCAUUUACCUGGAUUUCCCGAUUUCGACAACUUCAUCCUUCCUACUGAUACUGGAUACUUGGGAGAUAGCACGCCGCUCGACAAUCGGCCACCGGAAGCAAUCGGCGUUCAACAACUCUUCAGACAACUGGACGACAUGUCCAAGCGUCUGAGUUCUGAUAUUGACAAUUGUGGAAUCACGUCGGACUUUCUAGAUGCCUGUCUGCAUGAGUUCUUUGAGCGAGUGUCGCCUGCUUUCCCGGUCAUCCAUGCGCCGACCUUCUCAUCCCAAAGAACGAUUCCCCCUCUGCUGCUGAAUAUGGUUGCCCUAGGAUCCCUGUUUGUCUGUCUGCCUAAUGCCACUCGAAAAGGCGAACUUCUAUGGCGCCUAGGAUAUACUGCAGUAGCGACUUCCUGGCGAACGCUUAUCAGCCUCCGCCGGCCGCAUGAUAGAUGCGAUGGUGUGCAGGUGGUACUUACAGCUUUACUGGGCCAGACAUAUGCUCUGUUAUCGUCAAAUACAGAAAUCCGAACGACGGCCUUUGUGUUCCACGGUCUCGGUUUCUACUGGGCCCGGACCUGCGGAAUGUACUCCGUCCGGGACACGCAGACGUAUAUACCGGGCCCCAAUGCCUCGGAAGAGGAUAAGAGAAUGCUUUGGGAAAUGUGGGCUUCGUCAGAAGUCCAGCGUAGAGCUGUUCUGGGACAUUAUAUUCUUGACGGACUGAUCUCGCAGGCAUCUGGGUCGCCGACGAGUGCCCGUCAUCUCAUUAACCAGAUAGGAACUGCAUGCUCUGAUGAAGUGUUUUCGGCGACGACGGUCGAACAGUGGAUAGCUGCCAUUUCGAAAUCUGAAACGGUCAAUAUGCCCAUGUCGAAGGUCUGCACGGCCCUGUUCGAUCCUGGGUAUAGCGAUGCACCGCUCAAGCUAUCGUCCUUCUCACUAUCGGCCCUUGUCGAGGCCCUGCAGUCACUGGUUGGGGAAUCCAACGAGGUCACAGAGGGCACAUUCGGCGUUGUCUCGCGAGAGCAGAUAAUCAGAGCACUACUAACUUUGUAUAGAGUGCACGUAUCAUUUGCCCUGGCCUCCGAGAAGAAAGUGAUACGUUGGCACAACGUCUGCAUGGAGAUCGCGGCGCCUUCGACGGCACUCUACCUCGCCCUGUCCGAGAGAUAUAACAUCAUCCCACUGCCUGGGGGAAUAUCAUCCAACGGCUCAACGCAGGUGAUAAAUCUAGAAGACUGGGCCGGGAGCGCAGAUGCUAUUCGUGCACUUCUCCAUGCUGUAGCCAUCACCCGGCUCGUCCAUCAUGCUCCUCUUGCGCAUUCUCAGGCGCCGUUCCUGCCACUGGCUAUUUUCUCUGCUGCCAUGGUCUUUAGCGCCAUUUGCUUGUUUGGGUCGAGUACACUGGAGAUACCAUCCUCGCCGCGCUGGGAGUAUGUCUGGGCGGACGGAGCACCAUGUCAAGGAGAUGAAUUCCUUGUUGAUCUUAAAGCGAAGAGCAAGGGAACAAGCACUUCGAAUCUUGUCAACGAGUUGAACUUCCUCCAGCUCGCACUCAAAACCGUUACAUCGUUCUGGGGGAUAUCCGCCGAGAUGGAGAGGGUGGUUGGGCAUUUGGCUGUUCUUGCGCAUGAGAGGCAUUCAGCUUCCAGGACGAGUAUUUGA